AUGCCUAAGGAAUAUCCCACGUCUGUGCUCUCGACGACUAUGAUGGAACUUAUCGAAGAGUCCAUCCUAGCCAAAGUCGUUGAACAAAGGAAGGAAAAGUUCAAGCCCAAAUUCACUAACUGCAGGUUUAAGUCCGAGUUUAUGGUAAUCAAGUGCCAAAACGAGGAUACUGCAGAAUGGUUGAAAGGGAUUGCUCCGAAAAUUAAGCCAUGGGAAACGGCUGAUCUGAUGGUUGUUGAUAGUAAAUCUAUCCCGAGACCAGAAAUUUUGGCUGUCUUUUUUCCAAAGAGUGGCAAGAACGAUAACGAAACCAUAUUGGCUCUAAUCGAGGGCCAUAAUGAUAUUGCUACUGAUUCUUGGAGGGUGCUUAAGCGCAAGCCCAUCAAGAAUCAUGCCCAGCUCAUCCUAUCAGUGGACUAA